GUAUCUGAUUCAAAUGUGCAUUCUAGCAAUCACAAAAUUUCUACUCAUCACCAUUUUCUGAAAUUUUGUAGAGAGAAGGAAGAAGAGAGUGUGUACCGUGUAGGUGAAGGCUGUUAAAUACCAGCUAACCUAGUACAAACUUUUUAGCUCGCCGACACCGUCCUCUUCUAACCUCUAACCUCUUUCUGCCAUCUAUGCCGUCCCCUUCUUCCUUUUUCUCCCUUCAUUGAUCAUCAUUCAACAUCGUCAUCAUAAUCCUAACCUCCCCAGCUUUGCCUUUCUAUAAUUACCUUCCCUUUGUCUACUCUCUCUUCCUGUGCAUUACUGUACUUUGAACAGCCAGCCAGCCUUCCCCGUUCUCUGUGAAACUCUGAACUUCCCUGUACUUUCCUGUCACACAACUGAAACCUUCCCUUCACCUGUUCUCUCCCCCUUAAACCCACCAACAAAAUCACAGCCCAAUGGUGCAAUCAAGGAAGUUCAGAGGCGUCAGGCAGCGUCAUUGGGGCUCUUGGGUCUCCGAAAUUCGACACCCUUUACUCAGGAAACGGAGGAUCUGGCUGGGGACAUUCGAGACAGCGGAGGAAGCUGCGAGAGCAUACGACCAAGCCGCAAUCCUGAUGAGCGGCCGGAACGCCAAGACCAACUUCCCCGUCACCCAAUCCACCACCGACGGCGAAACCAAACCCACCUCCUCCUCCUCCUCGUCUUCAUCAUCCCCAUCAGCCCCAAUAAAAAACGGGCUGUCCGAAAUUCUCCACGCCAAGCUCCGCAAGUGCAGCAAGACGCCGUCGCCGUCGAUGACCUGCCUGAGGCUCGACACCGAGAAUUCCCACAUCGGGGUCUGGCAGAAACGCGCGGGGCAGCGGUCCGAUUCCAAUUGGGUCAUGACCGUGCAGCUCGGCAACCGAUCGUCGAAUUCAAACAAUACCCAUCAGGAAAAACAAGCUACUGACGAUCCAAUCGGCAGCAACAACAACAACAACAAUUCGGAAACAGCGGCGGCAGAGCCGGUGCCGGCAAUCAGGAAGGAAAUUGAGGAAGAGGAGAGAAUCGCGCUGCAGAUGAUCGAGGAGCUGCUGAAUCGUAAUUGCCCCAGUCCAAGUGCGAAUCCGAGUAAUGGGUUUGGAAUCGAAGGAGCGGCGGAAGCAGGGGAGGAGAGUGGCAGUGGGGAGCUGAGUGAGCUGCUUCAGGGGAGCUUUUUCAUUUGAGGAGGAAGAAGGUAAAAAAACAGAGUGGGUGUCUCUAUCAUGUGAUAUCUGUUGUCUUACUCUUUUUCUUCUUUAUUUAAUUUGUCAAUUAAUUAUUAGAUGUGAUAUUUUCAUAUUUGUAUAGGGAUUGGAAAUUUGCAAGUGAAUUUCCUUUAAUAUGUUUCUUUUCAUGAUUAUAUGUUGCCCAAUGUAAGGAGGAAAUGGAAAUUGGGGUAUUAUAGGGGAAAAUAUUGUAUCCAAAAUAGGGAAACAAUAAUACAAAUGUAAUUUUUAUUCAGAAGAUAGUAAUAA